AUGUUCCGCAUAAGCAACACCGUAGUGGGUCUCCUAAACGCAUGCACCCUACUCGUCGGAGCAGCAGCAAUCGCCACAACAAUCUACCUCCGAUUCCACAGCGGCACCGAUUGCGAGAAGGCACUCCAGAACCCUUUGCUCCUCCUCGGCGCCUUCUUCUUCGUGGUCUCGCUUCUGGGGUUGGUCGGAGCUUGUUGCAGAAUCAACUCGCUUCUCUACACCUACCUCUUCCUGAUGUUUUUUAUGAUAUUAGGUCUCAUCGGUUUCACCGUCUUCGCUCUUCUCAUCACCAACAAGGGCCUUGGCCAAGCCAUCUCCGGCCGCGGCUACAGAGAGUACCGACUCGAGGAUUUCUCUCACUGGUUGCAGAACUACGUUGUCAACGACCACAACUGGGAUUGCCUUACCUUGGUUACGCAUGGACCCUUGCGAAUCCAAACAACAAUCCUAUUGGGGCUCGAUCAACAGGUCCAGGAAUCACCUUAG